UCCGCCACAUUAGCUCUUUUAUUUCAUUUUUGUUCAAACCUGCGUCUCUUGUGCAAACUUGUUAUGGUCAAUGGUUUAUUGUGAUGUCCUUCACACCAACAGAAAAAGAAAUACAGUGUGUUGUUCACUGGUUUUCAGAAUGGUCGCACCUGCAGCAGCGGGACUUUCUCAAAGAGCUGCUGGACAAAGCGAUCCCGUGUCACCUUGACUCGCUGUUCGACUCUCUCCAGACAAUGAACGUACAGGACAAACCUCCCAACAUCUUCAAGUGUCAGAUCAAACUAUUUAAACAGUGGUUUGACACUUGGUCACAUGCUGACAAGAACACUUUCUUGAUCAAACUGAGGGAGGUGAACCCCGAUUUUGUGGACGAAUUUGAUAGACAACUCUCGCUACAGAUCUCCCUGCAAAAUCAGGAAGGUGAAACGUGACAGGAAAUGUCCAUUGUAAAACUGUUACGUAUUGCUAGAGCAAUCAUCAGAGGGUUAAAGUUCAGGAAAAGGUUAAAUCCUGAAAUCAGGAUUGCAAGCUUUUAAAUUUAGACCAUUGUAGAUUGUUCUUGCUUGGACAUUUGCAUCAAAAACAGUAUGAAGUACCUUGAAAUGAAUAUGAAUGACUUUGGAAACAUUCUAAAAAGCUGUCUUAGCCUCUUUACCCUGCUUUGGGAAUGAAUCCCUCAUACUCAGACAUACCCCCAGCCAUUUUUUAGGAUUGUCAUUUAUCAUCUGUUGGAACCCCCAAAUUAUAGAAAUAUUUUUUUAAUCUGAUAUACCCUAAACUAGUCUGUUUAUAAAAGGAAACAAAUCCUUUAUAUUGUGAGUUGUGUUAUCUCACUUUAGGAUACAUGCAAGAACUUUAAUUUUAAGAAAAAACAUUUUUAUAAAAUAAAAAUAAUGAUCAAAAUAUUUACAUGAAACUUGGAUAACAAUCAUGUUACCAAUGAUACAACACCUGAAUGUGUUGCAAGGCCCAACACUCUAAAAAUGUAUUAUUUAACCUUUAACUACUUUUGUUGACUGGUUUUAUUACAUCAGUAGCCUGGCAUUGGUGUACUUGGAUGGCCAUUGGAUGGAAAUAAAGAGUUUAUGAGGCAAUAGCAGGAACAUGCAUGUAUCAGAGAAAUUAAUAGAUUUGUUAUAUAGAAACUUAUUUUAUGUGUGUUCUUAUUUAAAGAGUCUUUGUUCGUUGUUCUUUUUUUUCAAAUGCAAUAAAAUGGGCCACCAGAAGCUUUA